AUGCCUGGAGAAGUCAUAAGCGAACCAAAUCCACAACCACUGCCGUCGCAUCUGCCAGACUAUCUUGAGCAAUUGAGCGUCAAGUUGGAUCAUGAGAAACUAGAUGAAAAGGCCUGUGAUGCCUUGCUCAAGUUCCGCCGCGCGGCUUGUUACAUUGCGGCAGCUAUGAUAUUUCUGCAAGAAAAUACUCUUUUGAAGUCGGAACUCACAUUUAACCACAUUAAGCCUCGACUACUUGGUCACUGGGGAACAUGCCCGGGCUUAAUUUUGGUUUACUCUCAUUUGAACUACCUGAUCCGGACAAUGAACCUGGACAUGAUGUAUGUUGUCGGCCCAGGGCAUGGCGCACCGGCAAUCCUAGCCGCGCUAUGGCUAGAGGGCUCGCUGGAGAGAUUUUAUCCCCAAUAUUCGCGAGAUAGCAAAGGCCUGCACAAUUUGGUCUCGACUUUUAGUACAACAUCUGGCCUUCCCAGCCACAUCAACGCCGAGACCCCCGGUGCUAUCCAUGAAGGUGGAGAACUGGGAUACGCUCUAGCAGUGUCCUUUGGCGCUGUCAUGGACAACCCUGAUCUGAUAGUGCCUUGUAUCGUGGGUGACGGAGAGGCUGAAAGCGGUCCUACUGCUACGUCCUGGCAUGCAAUCAAGUAUAUUGAUCCAAAGGAGUCCGGUGCAGUUUUGCCAAUUUUGCAUUUGAAUGGAUUCAAGAUCAGCGAGCGCACUAUCUUUGGGUGCAUGGACCACAAAGAGCUUCUGGCUCUCUUCAGUGGGUACGGGUAUCAGGUUCGCUUUGUGGAGGAUAUCAGCGAUAUUGACGCGGAUUUGCACUUCUCUAUGGUCUGGGCCGUCAAGGAGAUCCAGAAGAUCCAGAAGGCUGCCCGCUCUGGGAAGCCGAUUAUGAAGCCGAGGUGGCCGAUGUUGAUUCUGCGCACUUCCAAGGGUUGGUCGGGGCCCAAACAGCUCCAUGGCAAGUUUAUUGAGGGCUCGUACCAUUCUCAUCAGGUGCCAUUGCCAAAAGCAAAGACCGACAAGGAAGAACUGGGUCUGCUGCAGAACUGGCUCUCUAGUUAUAAGCCAGAAGAGCUGUUCACUUCGAACGGUGAUGUAAUUGAAGAGAUCAAGUCUGUGAUUCCCACAGAUGACAAAAAGAAGCUUGGUCAGCGCAUUGAAGUCUACAACAGUUAUACACCACCGAAGUUGCCGGAUUGGAAGUCCUUCUGUGCGGAGAAAGGCUCCGACGCAAGCGCCAUGAAAGUGAUUGGCACCUUCAUCAAUCAAACAUUCAAGGACAACCCGACUAGCGUGCGGCUGUUCUCACCGGACGAGCUGGAAAGCAACAAACUCGAUGCAGUGUUUGAAGGCACAAACCGCAAUUUCCAAUGGGACGAGUUCGCCAACGCCCGCGGCGGUCGUGUAAUUGAAGUCCUUAGCGAACAUAUGUGUCAAGGAUUCAUGCAGGGUUAUACCUUGACCGGCCGCACUGGUAUUUUCCCAUCCUAUGAGAGCUUCCUCGGCAUCAUUCAUACGAUGAUGGUGCAGUAUUCCAAGUUCAUCAAGAUGGCAAUGGAAACAAAUUGGCACUCCGGCGUCAGUAGUAUGAACUACAUCGAAUCGAGCACCUGGACACGCCAGGAGCACAACGGCUUCUCUCACCAGAACCCAUCCUUCAUCGGCUCUGUGCUAAAACUGAAGCCCACUGCAGCUCGCGUAUACUUGCCUCCUGAUGCGAAUACUUUCCUGACAACCAUUCACCACUGUUUGAAGUCAAAGAACUACAUCAACCUGAUGGUGGGCGCAAAACAGCCAACUCCAGUGUACCUAACUCCCAAAGAGGCCGAGAGCCACUGUCGCGCAGGAGCAUCAAUCUGGAAGUUCUGCAGCACGGACGAUGGAGUUAAUCCAGAUGUCGUGCUGGCCGGUAUUGGUGUUGAGGUGAUGUUCGAAGUAAUUGCAGCAGCGGCGCUUCUGCGGAAGCUCAUACCAGAGCUUCGUGUUUGCGUUGUUAACGUGACGGACUUGAUGAUUCUUGAGAACGAGGGUGUGCAUCCGCAUGCCUUGUCCACUGAGGCAUUCGAUACACUCUUCACUCCCGAUAGGCCUAUUCACUUCAAUUACCACGGCUACCCAACUGAGCUGCAGGGCUUGCUCUUUGGACGUCCGCGUCUUGAUCGUGUCACUGUCGGGGGCUAUAUUGAAGAGGGCAGCACCACCACGCCUUUCGAUAUGAUGCUUGUCAACCGUGUAUCGCGUUUCCAUGUCGCUCAGCAGGCUAUUCGUGGUGGUGCCAUGGUAAAUGAGAAGGUCCGAGUUUAUCAGCAGGAGUUGAAUGCUCAGCUUGAGGGGAAUAUCAUCAACACGAGGAAAUAUAUUGUGGAAAAUCGCGAUGAUCCUAAGGGCAUUUAUGACACGCCACAAUUUCACAGCUUCCACAAACCGACUGAGGUAUUCUGGGAUCUUGAGUAG